AUGGCGACAUAUGUAGUCCCAAAUGCAAUAGUUGUUGAAGUCCUCAGAAAUGACAACUAUGAGAAUUGGAGAUGCUGUAUAAAAAGCUACUUGUUAGCUCAAGGUCUAUGGGAUAUCGUUGAACCAACUACUGGAGCUUCUGAUGACAGGAACGCGGAAGUUGACUCUAAGCCUCCUGAUAAUGAAGAAGUUGCCAAAGCCAACUCUCAAACUUCUGACAAUCAAAAAGCUGCUAGAGCAGACGCCAAUUCUACUGCGCCUGAUAAUGAAGAGGUUGCCAAACCAGACUCUCACAGUACUUCUGAUAAUCAAGAACGUGCUCGAGCAGACACCAUUGCUUCUGAUAAUCAAGAUAUUGCUAAAGCUGAUUCUAAGGCUCCUGAUAAUCGAGAAGGCGCUCAAGCCCACUCUAAGAAGGAUGCUGAUAAUCAAGAAGUUGCCAAAGUCGACCCUAAGGCUCUUGAUAAUCAAGAAAGGAAUCAGACAAAUUCCGAGGCUUGGUGUAAAAGGAAUGCAGCUGCUUUACAUGCAAUUCAAAUUUCAUGUUCACCAGACAUACUUUCCAAGAUUAGGAGCAUUGAUUCGGCUAAAAAAGCUUGGGAUACUUUGGCAAAUAUGCAAAAAUUGCAGCUACAACCAGCUGAACCAGUAUUACCAGGAGUGAAUGCAGGUCUUGUUCAGAACGCAUAUACUCGAUUGCUUGAACUCAACAAGCAUGCAUAUGCAGGGAAUUGGGAUUCUGUAAAAAGAUUUCUUGACCAUCAUCCGAAUGCAAUAAAUGCUAAAAUUACAUCUUAUGGGGGAACAGCUCUUCAUGUAGCGACUGUCGGCGGAAAUGUGAAAAUUGUGGAAAAGUUGGUAGAGUUUAUGUCACCAGAAGACUUGGAAAUAAUGGAUAAUUAUGGUAACACAGCCCUUUCCUAUGCUGCUUGCCAAGGAACGGAAAAGAUAGCGAAAUGCAUGAUCAGAAAGAACAAAAAAUUGCUUAACCUUCCUAAUAGAAUAGGACGUAUUCCAGUUGUAGCAUCUUGUAGUGGAAACCAUAAGGAUCUGACCCAUCAUCUUUACUCUGUAACUCCAUUGGAACUACUAAUUCAAGACAAUGGCUGCCAUGGAUCAUUGCUCCUCCAGUUUUCUAUACUAUGCAAAAUGUUUGGUAAGAGCUACCCUCUUAAAAGCUAA